AUGACGAAAAAGAAGAAUAAUAAUUCUAAUUCCACACCAAUUCCAACGUGGCAAAAGGGCGAAAAUGAAUUACCUGAAAAGAAAAGAAUAUGGCUAAGGGUUGCUUCUUACAUUAUUGAACGACAAAUUGUUUAUGGAAAGGGAUAUUGGGAUUUCGCUUUCAUCGCUUUUUGGGUGAUAAUUUUCACUUUGACUCGAGAAUUCAUAAUGAAAUAUAUAUUAAAACCAUUCGGUAUAUGGGCAGGUAUUAGAAAACCAAGGAGGGUGACUAGAUUUAUGGAACAAGGUUAUGUUAAAAUCAUGAGAGAUAGUCCUUGUUGGUUUUAUGAAACGAAGCACUUUUGGAUCGAUUAUCCCCAUUAUUUACUUACACCACUUGUAAAAUCUUAUUACCUCAUUCAAUUCGCUUUCUGGCUUCAACAAAUAUUAGUAUUAAUACUUCAACUUGAGAAACCUCGAAAAGAUUUUCUUGAAUUGGUGGCUCAUCACAUAAUAACAUGUUUAUUAAUUAGUGGGAGUUAUUUAUUCAAUUUGACACGAAUUGGAAAUGCCGUAUUUGUGUCGAUGGAUUUCUCGGAUAUUUGGCUUGCGCUUGCGAAAAGUAUGAAAUAUAUGAAAUUUCCAGAAAGAGUUACAGAUGUGAUGUUUGUAUUUUUUAUGAUGACAUGGGCUUAUACGAGACAUUAUUUAUAUGGAUGGAUUAUGUAUUCCACAUAUUUUGAAUCAUGUGCACCCGAAAAUAAUGAAUGUAUUUGGGAUCCUUUAAGAGGUUAUUGGGUUACCUGGUGGACAAAAUAUAUUAUUUUAUUAGGAUUAACUUUAUUACAAAUCCUUAUGAUUUAUUGGUUCUGCCUCAUUUUACGAAUUGCGUAUAGAGUUGUUUCUGGAAAGAAUGCCGAAGAUACUAGAAGUGAUACCGAAGAUGAUGAUACUUGUAUUUCACCAGAAAAUCCUACCAACACUAAAAAAACUGAUUAG